AUGUCAAGGUUGUUUGAACUUCACGUAAGUAAAAUAUGCUCAUCUCUUCAUUCGGAAGACAAAAAAAAACGUCUAAAAGCUUUGGAAAAACUUGAUAAUAUCGUCACAAAUAAUGAAAAUAAUUGGAAUGAAUGUGAAUUAUCAGAAAUAUGGAAAAUAAUAAAUAAAUAUAUAACAAAAAACGUAUCAGAUGAAUCAGAAUUAUGUAGAAAUUUAUCGAUUGAUAUAAUAAAAAAAUUUCUUGAAGUACUACCAGUUGAUGAAAAAAAUAUAAUUUAUCUUGUACCAGUUCUCAAACGUAGACUUGGAUCUCAAGAAAUUCUUGAAGAAUCCGAAGAAGUUCGAUUAAAUUGUGUUAUUUUAAUAAAAUUAAUAAUACGUAUUUAUAAAAAAUAUUUGUCUAUUUAUCACAAUGAUUUUAUAACAAUACUUUCAAGAACAGUUAUCGAUAGUUACCCAAAAAUCAAGAAAGAAAGUUGUGAGAGUAUUUCCCAGCUUGCUGAAAAUAUACCGCUGAAAUUUUAUUAUAAGAGUAAUUAUGUCAUCAAGCCAAUAUUAACAAAUUUCACUCAUCAACAUUAUCGUGUACGUGUUGCAAGUGUCAAUGCGAUAGGUCAAGUUAUGCUGUAUGGUAACAGUAAAAAUAUGAAUGAAGUAUCAACACCAAUGGCUGAAAGACUAUUUGAUCAAAGUGGAGCAGUUAGAUUAGCUGUAAUUCAGGUUGCUGGAAUGUGGCUUAUCAAACUGCAUGAUCGUUAUAGCUGGUGGAACAAAUUAAUACCCAUUAUUUUGACUGGACUUCAUGACGACAUAUCAGAAAUACGUGAAAAAGCUGAAAAACUUUGGAGCGCUGCUGGUCAUCAUUAUCUUGAAGAAAAUUAUAAUGAUGAUAAAAUAAAAAAUAAAAUGGAUUUUUUGACCUUAGAUCCAAAACAUUAUCCUCCAAGUAUAAAAAGACCAAACUUGGGAUGCAGAGUAAUUGUUCAGCGAAAUAUUAGUCACCUUGUUGGUGGAAUAGCCAAAGAUUUGAACGACUGGUUGCCUGAUAUUCGUGUCAGAUCAGCACAACUUUUGGCUGUUUUGGUAUUAAACGCUGAGGAAGACAUUACCCAACAUAUACAUAAAUUAUUGCCAGCAAUGUAUCGUGCCUGUAACGAUGAAGACAAAAGAGUUAUUGUUAAUGUUGUGAUUGCUGCCGAAUAUAUCGGUCAUUUUGUACUGCCUGAGACAUAUUGUAAACUUGUAUUACCAACUCUUAACGAGGGUAAUAUUAGCAGUGGACAUCUGUCAGUAUUUUCAGCAAUUAUAAGGGGAAGUAAAAAAGAGCAGUUAACUAAUAAAUUAAAAGAUAUUGGUAGAUUUUUACAGGAACACAAUAUUUGUCGCAGUAAAAAAUUCGUUUAUCAACAGGAAUUAUUAAAAUCUUGUGAUGCAAUUCUUUCAGUUUGUCAGGAGAAUUCUUCUGUAAUAGCGGAAGAACUUUUUGAAAUAAUUUUUACAGUCUGGUCGAUGGCACAACAACAAAAAAUUGAAAAUUACUCAAAAAAAUUAUUAAAUGAUUUAUCGUUAAUGACGAAUAAUAAAAAUAUCGAAGAUUUAUUUGAAAAUCAUAUUCGUUCAAUUUUGAAUAUGGUAAAAAAUUCAUCGUCAACUUUGACAGUAUUUAGUCCUGAAUUUUAUAUUUUCAAUAAUUGUUUGAAAAAUACUAAAAUUGCAACAUCUAAAAAUAUUGAUCUUGUUAUGCCAAUAUUAAAAAUAACAAUGGACAAGGAUUCAUUGGAUUAUGAGUUACGAUUAAAAAUGCUAAUUUUACUUUCUGAAUAUUUUCAACAACGCAGUAAGAGUCUAAAUAAUAUUGAAAAGUUAAAUUCAUUUUUUGGUGAUUUUUUAGAUAAUAUAUUGAUACCAAAUUUAAUUUGGAAAGCUGGAAGAUCAGCUGAAUCUGUUCGGACAUCAGCAAUGAGCUGUUUAUGUGCUCUACUUGAUAAUGAAGAUAAUGCAAAUAACCAUCCAAUUUUUUUUAAUGCUGAUAAAUUUGUUAAAUAUUUUAAAAAAUUAAAACCAAUUAUUAUGUCUUUAACCAGUGAUAAUUCUAAGAAAACCAGACUAUUUUCUCUGAAAGGAAUUUAUAUCUUAUUAAAAUAUGCUAUGAAGCUGGUAUGUGUCAGUGACGAAGAUGUUAUUGAAAUAUACCCCGGAAUUCUCAAAAGACUCGAUGAUGGAUGUGAUGAUGUUAGAUUUGUUGCUAUUGAAGUACUUGUUUUUGUUUUUCAAGCAUUGUCUUGUAAUUAUGAUCUUGAUUUUGGAAGAAGUCACAUUGAUUACUUAUACACAUCUACAGUCAUUCAUUUAGAUGAUCCAGAAGAAAAAUUUCAAAAUAUUAUGCUGGAUGCAAUUAUUCAACUGGCUAAGAUUCAUCCAAAAUUGCUUUAUGAUAAAAUCGAAAAGUGUAAAAUAAAUUUUAGAAACCAGCAAGCACUAGAAAAAAUUCAAAAAGAGUGCCAGGGAAUUUUAUGUUUUGAAAAAGUAACUUUAAAAUAGAAACACUCUAAACUCCAAAAAUAUCUUUAUGCUUUGUAGAGAUUUCAUUUUAAUUAUUAUAAUUGGUACCAGUUUUUUUUUUUUUUUGUUCUCAAUUACAAAGGUAAAGUUUGAGAUAAAAUCAAAUUAUUUACAAAAUAUAAGUUAUUCAAUUUUCAAAUGGAAUUUUUUUUUUUUUUAAAUUAAACUCAUAUUAGCAAGGUAUUCUGUUGUCUUUUCCCCAUUUUUUCAUGACCCGAAUGAUUUGGUCAACUUGAGAAUUCAA